GUUUUGGGCCCACAGUAGUGUUGCCAGCUUGGAAGCUCUUUUGUUUGAUGUGUAUUCAAAACCAAUGGAAAAAGACAGAAAAGAAGUGUUUCAAGAUAUCGAGGAAAACUCUGAGAAUGUUGUCAUUGUAUUUGAUGGUGUGACAGAUUUGGAAGAAAAUUCCAUCUUAUGGAAGAUCAUGGACCACGAUCUCCUGCCUGAUGCCAAGAUUGUGAUCACAUGCAGAUCAGAGGAGGAAGAUGAUCCACUUUUCUCUGACUGGCCGACACAGACAGUGUAUGUACAAGGAUUCAGUGCAGAUUCUAUUAGAAAUUACUAUCAGAAGAUGUUGGGUCAUGAUCCUGUUCUUCUAGAAGUUGUUUUGAAGAAUCAAGAGCUGUUCAGUCUUAGCCACGUGCCAAUGUAUGCAUUUAUGGUUGCCGCCUUCAUUCCAUUUAAAAAUGACACAGAAAACAACCAUCAACACACAGUCACAGAGAUGUACAUUCAUAUUUUCCGUCUUACUGUGAUGACACAUGGGGGGAAAAAAAUUAAGGAAAUAGAUAAAUACCUGGGAGAGAUCAAUGACCAGAUUCAUCCUCUAAUGAAAACUGCAUUCAGUGCAACUAUGCAUAAAACCCUAAACUUUAAUAUCUGUGAUGAGACAAACAUUUGUCAUGCUUUUCUGAAAAACAUCACACUACAAGACUCAGUAUCUUCUGCUACAACAUACUGUGCGUUUCUCCACAACACAAUGCAGGAAUUCUUCUCGGCUUUGUGGCUUCUUGGACAUCCAGAUGAAAUUGAGGAAGUCCUACAGCUCUGUCAGACCGAGGAGCAUAAACACAUGAGACAUGUUCUUCCUUUCUUAUGUGGACUUCUGAGUGAACACAACACCAGACUCCUCAAGUGUCUCUUCCCAGAGGAUCAGAUAAAGAAAACAUCUGACUGGUUCAUUGAGAAGCUUUUGGACACGCUUUUUCAACCUCAGAGUGAGAGUGAAGAGUUUGAUCUUCUCUAUGUGUGUCAGUGCUUGUAUGAGCUCCAGUCUCCUAAAGCCUGUUUAAUUUUCCUGGAGAAGAUGAACCAUCGGCUUGAACCAGAAGUGGAUCUUGAUCCUCAUCAGUGUUGUGCUCUGUCUUACGUGAUCGGUCAAUCCAGAGAUAAAGAGGUUUAUCUGAAUCUGGAGGAUUGUACCGUAGCUGAUGUAGGAAUGGACAUGAUGCUUAGCUGCUCACCAAACAUCAGGUUAAAGACUUGUAAAAAACCACUGAAGCAAAUCACCUUCUUUGUAGAAUUCUUCCAUAAAUCAUCUCAUUGCAACUGCAAACUUUUUGAGAUGAGAGGACGAUACGACCCAGAAAAAUGCAAUGCUCUGCUGGAUCUGAGCUCUCAUGUGAAGAACUAUGAGACUCAAACAGGCAGGAGUUAUCUUCCAGCAUUACAGUCAGUUUUCCAGUCACCUGAUGUCUGGAUCAUAGAUCUCUUACAGAGAAAGAGCUCCGUCCUCCUGGAAGUGCUGAAGCUCCAGACACAGAAGAAACCAGUAUAUCUGAGAAGAUGUUCAGAGGAAGAGAGUGAAGUGAUGAGUUUCCUUCAGUGUCUGCCCUACAUCUCAAAGCUGAGAUUCUCUGAUCAGAGUGAACGUGUUCUAAGCAGAUUUCUUCUGAGUCUCUUCAUUAAAGCAGCAGAGAUUGAGACACAGACAGGAAAGCAGAUGCUGAAACUGUUAUCAUCAGUCUGCACCAGCUCUUCUGGUUAUAGAUGGACUUGCAUGUUUUUUGAUUGGGAUUUCCUGCUGGAUCUUUGCUCUCAUGUGAAGAACUAUGAGACUCAAACAGGCAGGAAUUAUCUUCCAGCAUUACAGUCAGUUUUCCAGUCACCUGAUGAAUGGAUCAUAGAUCUCUCCCAGAGAAAGAGCUCCGUCCUCCUGGAAGUGCUGAAGCUCCAGACAGAGAAGAAACCAGUCAAUCUGAGAAGAUGUUCAGAGGAAGAGAGUGAAGUGAUGAGUUUCCUUCAGUGUCUGCCCUACAUCUCACAGCUGAGGUUCUGGGACAUUUCUGCUAAAGAAACAAGGAUGUCUGCAGUAAGAUUUCUGCUGGAUCUCUGUGUUGGUGCAGUAGAAACUGACAGAGAUGUAGGAACAAGAUUCUCGACUCUUCUGUCAUCUGUGUGCAGCUACAAAACCUUCCCUUUUGAUGAAGAUAAUGAAGAUUAUGAUGCUGGUGUUCAGAGUGAUUUCCUGCUGGAUCUUUGUUCACAUGUGAAGAACUAUGAGCCUCAAACAGGCAGGAAUUAUCUUCCAGCAUUACAGUCAGUUUUCCUGUCACCUGAUGAAUGGUUCAUAGAUCUCUCCCAGAGAAAGAUCUCCGUCCUCCUGGAAGUGCUGAAGCUCCAGACAGAGAAGAAAUCAGUGAAGCUGAGAUGUUCAGAGGAAGAGAGUGAAGUGAUGAGUUUCCUUCAGUGUCUGCAACACAUCUCACAGCUGAGGUUCUGGGACAUUUCUGCUAAAGAAACAAGGAUGUCUGCAGUAAGAUUUCUGCUGAAUCUCUGUGUUGCUGCAGUAGAAACUGACAGAGAUGUAGGAACAAGAUUCUGGACUCUGCUGUCAUCUGUGUGCAGCUACAAAACCUUCCCUUUUGAGGAAGUUGCUGUUGUUCAGAGUGAUUUCUUGCUGGAUCUGUACUCACAUGUGAAGAACUAUGAGACUCACACAGGCAGGAAUUAUCUUCCAGCAUUACAGUCAGUUUUCCAGUCACCUGAUGAAUGGAUCAUAGAUCUCUCCCAGAGAAAGAUCUCCGUCCUCCUGGAAGUGCUGAAGCUCCAGACAGAGAAGAAAUCAGUGAAGCUGAGAAGAUGUUCAGAGGAAGAGAGUGAAGUGAUGAGUUUCCUUCAGUGUCUGCCCUACAUCUCACAGCUGAGGUUCUGGGUCAUUUAUAAUAAAGAAUCAAGGAUGUCUGCAGUAAGACUCCUGCUGAAUCUCUGUGUUGCUGCAGUAGAAACUGACAGAUAUACAGGAACAAGAUUCUCGACUCUUCUGUCAUCUGUGUGCAGCUACAAAACCUUCCCUUUUGAUGAAGAUGUUGAUCAACAGAGUGAUUUCCUGCUGGAUCUGUACUCACAUGUGAAGAACUAUGAGACUCAAACAGCAUUACAGUCAGUUUUCCAGUCACCUGAUGUCUGGAUCAUAGAUCUCUCAGAGAGAAAGAGCUCUGUCCUCCUGGAAGUGCUGAAGCUCCAAACAGAGAAGAAACCAGUAGAUCUGAGAAGAUGUUCAGAGGAAGAGAGUGAAGUGAUGAGUUUCCUUCAGUGUCUGCAACACAUCUCACAACUGAGGUUCUGGGACAUUUCUACUAAAGAAACAAGGAUGUCUGCAGUAAGAUUUCUGCUGAAUCUCUGUGUUGCUGCAGUAGAAACUGACAAAGAUGCAGGAACAAGAUUCUCGACUCUUCUGUCAUCUGUGUGCAGCUACAAAACCUUCCCUUUUGAUUUAGAUAGUUAUGUUCAGAGUGAUUUCCUGCUGGAUCUUUGUUCACAUGUGAAGAACUAUGAGACUCAAACAGGCAGGAGUUAUCUUCCAGCAUUACAGUCAGUUUUCCAGUCACCUGAUGAAUGGUUUAUAGAUCUCUCAGAGAGAAAGAGCUCCAUCCUCCUGGAAGUGCUGAAGCUCCAGACAGAGAAGAAAAUGGUAGAUCUGAGAAAAUCUUCAGAGGAAGAGAGUGAAGUGAAGAGUUUCCUUCAGUGUCUGCCGUACAUCUCACAGCUGAGACUGUCCAAAAAGACUCUCCAGGAGCUGGUUGAAUGUGUCUAUGAAGCUCAGGAAGAAAAACUGACUGAAUGCUUCCUCCAGAAAGUGAGCGGGGAUCUGACUUCCUGUUCCUUGAGCUGGGAAGAGUUUCAUUAUUUCCUGCAGCACAGAAUUCAACAAAUCACUGUGGACUUCAGAAAGAGCAACAUUCAUUGCAGAAUCAGUGAAAUUCUGCCAUUCCUGAACAGGAUUCAGUUUAAACGGAUAAGCUCUGCCUUCAUGCUGUGUGCAAUCAGAGAGAUCUACGAGUCCGGCUCUGCUGGUUUUAUGUCAAGUCUGUUGAGUUCAGUGAACAACUACAUUAACCUGCAGAGCAGAGAGCUGGACUCUGUUCACUGUGCGGCCCUGCGCUUCACACUGCAGCACUGCACUGCAGCUUCACUCAACCUGCUCUGGACCUCCAUACCAGAGGAAGAGCUGCAGAGCAUUCUGCAUCUCUUCACACAUCUCUCCCACCUCAGUGUUGACAGGCUGCUGUUGCUGAAGAUGCUUCACUGCUGCAGUGUCUCUGAUGUCCAGCAGGAGGAGGCAGCAGCAGUUCUGCUCUCGAUCCUGCAGCACAAGCUGGACUUCUCCUGCCGGUCUGCUGUGGAUCUGACAACAAACACAGACUCAGAGCCUCUACAUCUGACCGCAGACGACUGCCAUGUGAUGUCCAGAUUUAUUCAGAGAGCUCACUCAGACACAAAGACACGGCUGAUUCUGCAGGACUGUGAGAUUCAUUCAGCUGGAAUGGAUCAGGUGUUCUCAGUGUUACGUUCUGUUCAGCUCUUUUGUGAUAAACCUCUGCUUCUUCAUUUUCUGGCUCACGUGAGGCCUGAGGAAGCCCAGUCUCUCUCUGGAGCUCUGGGUGAAGAGCUGGAUCUCAGUCAGACUCAGCUGGAUCUGCAGGUCUGUAGAGGUCUGGAGCUGAUUCUGGAAUAUUCUGAAGGACUGACAGAACUGGAUCUGAGUCAGUGCAGUCUCACCGAUCACAGCCUGGAUCUGCUGCUCCCAAACCUCCACAAAACUCAAAUCAUUGAUUUCAGUGGCAAUAGCAUCACUGACACUGGGGCUCAGAAAAUCCACAGGAUCGUCACUCACAACAGUAACAUAAAGACAGUAAGGCUCUUCAACAACAGAAUUGAAUCCAGAGAGCUCUUCAGGACAGACCCACGAUUUGAGAUCUGGUGAUGCCAGUAAACUCUCUCUGGAAUCAACAAACAGUAGAGGGCAGCAACAAGAACCAAGAAAAUCCACAGCGAAGGUGGGGAGGAGGAGAUAGACAGCAAAACAACCAAAAGAAAGACCAAGUGCACUUAUACCAUUGAUUAGCGGAUCUACUCCUCUUCAUCCCGAAGAAGAGAAGAUCAUUUGCAAGCAGGCAGUGUUUGACUGUCUGAGAGCUCUAGUGUUUACUGCAAACGCAAUACAAGAGAGACAUUAUACUCAGGAAAUCACACUUACCUCAUUCCUGUGACUGAAAUGUUUGGCUAGUUAUGCAAGCGGAUCAAACCCGCUUUUGUUUUUAUGUGAAAUUCAACAUGCAUUUGGAAACUGGAAACAUGUUUUGCUUUUCUUGACUUUUCCUAAAAGUUUAAUCAUGAUCUUGCUUUAUUUCAUGCUUUAUUUUCUUUGGCUCAACGGAUAUUGAAUCAUUACUCAGGAACAGAGUUUUUGUCUUUCUGAAUGAAUAGCUACUGGAUUUGAGAUGUUUAUCUGAUUUUAGCAGUGCUUUUGAGCAAUAUAUUCUAAGGUAGAGAAACAGAGGACGAUCUGAUGGAGAUGCACAUUAUCGGGGGAGUGCUUACAGAGCAUACAGCAUCUCAGCAGCUGUUGAAGUGCCUUCUAUACAUAUUAAACAAAAUUACACUUCAGUGAGGUUUGUUUUGAAGAGAGAUACACUGCAAAAAGUAUUUUAUUACUCACUAUUUCUGUCUUAUGUAUAUAUUUAUAUUGGAAAACAUUCUUUGUUCAAGAUACGUUUACUUGAGAAGCAAAAUGACUCGAGCUCAAAGUCAUGUGUUUCCAGACAUCAUUCUGGAUAACACAUGGAGUAAACCUGACGUUUACACUGGGAGCAGCACUCUAGUGAGGCAUCUGUUUCUGUGGAGUGUGAAGUCAUAAGAAAAAAAAAACUAUUUUUAUGCAAAUAGUCAAUUUCUAGCUGACAAUCAAUUGGAAGAAUGAAACGAUUAUUAAAAAUAGUCAGUGGCAACUGAUGCACUAUCUGAAUAUCCUUCUUCCCUGUAGUGAGGAGAUAGCGAAUGUGUAACAGUAAGCUUUGACACGCUGAGUUCUGUCUUCUUCUGUCAGGGUCACACUGCCAUGUAACAGAGGUCAUCAGGACCUACCAUCUAUAUGACCAUUGAGUGAUUAGAACAUUUAUGAUAUUGAUGUGUCUGCAUGUUACAACAUAAGUUGAAUAUGUCUUUAGAAGCAGCUCUCAUUGUUUGUUUGUGUGUGUGUAGUGAACCAUAUGUGAUAUGUAGGGGUGUGACGGUGGCAGAUUUUUACCACCGCGGUGGUGGACCAACUACCACCAGUGGCGCGGUGUUGAUGUAUAUAUAAUUAAUAUUAAUUAUAUAUAUAUAUAUAUAUAUAUAUAUAUAUGUGUGUGUGUGUGUGUGUGUGUGUGUGUGUGUGUGUGUGUGUACUGGAUGCAGCACGACAUGAUAAAUCCCCGACAGCAAAAGGAUGCUUUUUCCUAUCUAUUAUGUACUGACACAUAGUUAAAUGAUUUUCAGCGGUCGCUUUGUCGCGUCUAGUGUAGACAGACUUUAGCUGUUGUGCCACGAUGUGACAUGAGAACUGUGAUCAUUAUCUUUUAACGAUUAUGAUCUUUUAACAAUUAAUCCUGCAGCUCUAAAUUCUGAUAAUAUAUGUGUCUCCAUAUAUUUCUGAUAUAUAUGAACUGUUUGGUUAUCACCAUUCUUCAAAAUAUCUUUUUGUCUUCAACAGAAGAAAGAAAUUCAAACAGGUUUGAAAAAACAAAAGGGUGAUGAAGGGUAAAUGAUGGUAGAACAUUCAUUUUGGGGUGAACUGUCCCUUUAAGUAAAUUAUCUAAAAUCAAAUUAAAUAAAAUCAUUACAUUUAGUAAAAUCAAAACAUCUCACAUAUCACAAAAGGUCAGUGAAUCCAUACCAGAAGUGACAGUGCAGUGUAGCAGAUCAAGGACAAUCCUCCUCCAAAUGGCCUGUAAUGAAGCUGCGGUCACAGGGGCUGGCGAUGAGGCUGCUAGUGGGCGUUCUCACUACUCGUUUGCCUUCACAGCGAAUCAGGUUUCUUGUCGCUAAAUACAAACAUUUUGGAGGCAAAAAACUAAAUAUAACAUAAAUAAAAAUUAAAUCCGUAGAUACAAAAAUGAAUGAGAAGCAGAGCCUACUUUUUGUCCACUGCGUAUGUUUAUUUACGGCUGAGAGGAGAAUGAUCACAUGAGCUCUACCAUCUUCUUUCCUAUUGGGUGUUGCUCCCGAAAGUCACUCUUCAUUUACAUAAAGUUGAAGGAUUCUGAACUUUGUCACGUCGCUGGACACUCCCCAUCCGGUUGCCAAAUGCCUCUUUUGCUCUUGUUGCCGGAUAUCACCAGCUCUCCAUUGAAAUAAAUAGGAUCGUGUUGCUUUGUCGUUGCUUGCUGCUUGUAGUGUGAACGGGGCUCCAGCUGGAUCCUUGUUGAAUCUGGAGUGGGGUGGGGCUGACGAGUUUUAACCAUUCUUUUAAACAAUUUUAAAUGUAUUAAAAUUGUACUCCCAUUUGACAUUAUAAGCCAUUUAGACAACAUAAACAAAUUGUCAGCUUUAAAACUGUAAGUAAUUAUUAAAAAUUUAAACAUAAAUCUAAUGCAUGACAAUCCCAUCAGAAAAAUGUGAAUCCCCCAUAAAGACAAAGAGGAUUCACAAAAAUGGAGAAAACAUCUUACAAAUGUACUUCUGAUUAGAAUCAUACUUAAUAAGAAUAAUUAAAAAGCUGACGAAGACCUAUAUUUCACCAGUUAUUAAUUAAACUUGGCCAAAAACAAGAAAAAUCCAUUAAAAAAAAGAAAACACAUUAAUAUUGGACAUUAUAAAGAUAUAGUUUACUGUGUAGUUUUGGAGAAAAAUAAAGUCUUAUUAUUUCCCGCUUUUUCUAUAUGCAUUAUUAAAAUUCCUUAAGAGUUAACAUAAAUUUUCAAUAAAGACUUCUUCAGAAUGACCAUGACUCUGUCUGUGUCAACUUUCACUGGAUUGUACUGUCUAAUUUGGAAGAAAAUUAAACACAAAAUCUGUCCAAUACAUUAUGACACUGAACAUUUCUUGAUUUUUAUACAGGCAUUAUUGAAGUGACAUGAAAUUUUCAAUACAUUCUAUUUAAAGGUGACUGUGACUCUGUCCGUGUCAAGUUUCAUAGAGUUGUACUGUCUAAUUUGGGAGAAAAUUAAACACAAAUUCCU